AUGCCACCCCCAGACGGCGCCAGGGCUUCCAUGCACAUCGACGCACUUGCCGUGCUGGACACCAUUCGCCGCACCGAGAAGCUCAUAGAAAAAUUCCGCCAGCUCAAGAAGCACGGCGGCAGCCGUGCAGAGCUGGGGCGGCUACGCGCAGAAAUCAACGAACUGAAGGCUUUCCAAGCCAAACUGCUCGCGCGUAAAGGAGAAGAGAAGGGCUUCUAUGAGCAGUAUGAAGCCCUUCACGCAACGUUGCCUCGCAGUGAUGGGCUGAUGAUGACCCCACACUUUCGCUCCGACGGGCGCCCGUGCGAGACAGUGGACGCAGCUGUCCAGGUUGGAGGGACACCUGUUUUAAGGGGCGGCUACGCUGCAGAACAAAAAAGGGGGCCGACCGAGACGGCCCCUCUGGACGUGGCCCAGCCCUUUGCAUACGCCGCGUCUUCCGUCCAUAACUACAGGCGGCACCGCUCCGUUGCCUUCGCCGUCGUUCUUGCAGAGGCUCACAUGCGACGCGAAAUCGUUCACAAAUGCGAUAAACGUCGCCUAAAACUGAUCAGCCGCUUCAGAGAAGGCUGCAUCAUCAUUGCCUUGUCUACCAAGCAUGGAGCAUCACAUGUCCUUAGCAAGCCAGAAUCACUCACCAGCACAAUGAACACAACUCGGUCAUCCAGCUACAUUCAGCCAGCGCCGCAAAACCCUCAUAUAUCAACAUCCCCGACAGUCCUUGAACCACGGCAACUGCACCACAAGCAUAUACCGCACGCUACACAACGGGAGGAACACGUCGCAAGCAACUCCUCGUCACGCCACCUAGAAGAACAGUACACCAACGCUUACAGCGAUCCAUGCAUAUUCAGCAGCUCGCUUGACAUCAAGAAAACACAAACAACCCAGACGCUCGACGACAAAGCGCAUAUCCACAAUGUAGAUCAAAAAUGGACUAAAAGAAAACUUAACUAUGAGGAAGAGGUCAAACGCAGGGCCGAGGAGGAAGCGGCAAAACGUAGGGCCGAGGAGGAAGCGGCAAAACGUAGGGCCGAGGAGGAA